UCAAACUAAUGCGAUGCACAAAACGUUAGAAGUGACAGCAGAAUGAAGUUCGUCAUUCUUUUGGGUUUAUUGGUGGUGUAUUUUUGGGCCUUCACAGAAGCAGAAGAGUACAAGUCUCAGUAUGACGACUUGGAUGUGGAUGAAAUUUUGAGGAGUAAGAGGCUGUUGAAGAACUAUGUCGAUUGUUUGUUGGAUAAAGGAAGAUGCCCUCCACCUGCUCAGGAACUGAAAGAACACCUGGAUGAUGCCCUGAAAACCGAAUGCAAGAAAUGCUCAGAAAAACAGAAGAAAGUCGGCACCAAGGUGAUAAACUUCAUGAUAGAGAACCACCCUGAUAUGUUUCACCUUCUUGAGGCUAGAUACGACCCGGAAGGAGUCUACAUGGCCAAAUGGAAGGAAAUGAAGAAAAACACAGAUGAAACAAAGGCUUGACGCAAAUUUUAGUUUGUAAGAAAGAGAAAUAUAACGUUGUUCGAAAACAUUUUUUGUAUGGAAAAUGUCUUAGGUAAUUGUUAUGCAAUAAAAAAGAAUUAUUUGAUGAUA